AUGGACAUACAAGUACAGUGUCGAUUUAAACAUAUACCAUUGAAGAGAGACGGUGAACAAAUUGCUACCAAUCUAAAAACUUUUGUAAAUCCAAAAGUAUUUGAUGAAUCAGGUAUAAAAAAUUGUGGUAAAGGCGGAAAUGAUACGAUUGAUUUUAAAGUUACUCGUAAAGAAGUCAAUGAAAUUCGUAAUAAACUUGCUCAAGUAUUACCAAGUGACAAUUCACCUGUUUGGUUUAGUAUUCUUUCGGAUCCUCUUCAUGCACUUAUAUCACGUUCAUUAAUGACGACUGAUGAUAUUCGACAUGAAGGAUCAAGAUUUUCUGUAUCAUGUCAAUUCGGCUCACUUCGAUCAUAUAAUCAGUUUUAUUCACACGUUCCAUUUGAUAAUAAAAUUGUUGAAGUUUCAUUUAAGCCGGGAGGAUCAAUACCAAAUAGUCUAUAUAUUGAAUAUGAUGACAUACGCUUAGUGAUUCCAUUUGAUUCAAUUCAAAAAAGAAAUAUUUUAGUGAAUAAAGAAAAUGCAAAUAAUGGAGUCUAUGUAUUACUAUCGCUUAAAUAUUUACCAAACAUUUAUCAAUUGGUAUCAGUGAAAAAUGAAAACGAAAUUGAUGAAAAUUCAGAUAAGAAACAAGUUCGACUUUGUGCUGAUGAACGAAAUGUUGCAUUUAUUCAAGAAAUUGCUCAUUGUUCUGAUGUGGUUUUUCAUUUUCCACCAUCUCCAGAUAUGCCUUGGCUGUUUCUUUCUCAUUUUUUAAUAUCUGAUCCAAAUCUAUAUGAAAUUAAUUUUUCUUGUUUCAAAAUAUCUGAUUGGUCAACAGAAAAUAAUAAAAACCGAAGACCAGAUCCAUUCAAUUAUAAAAAUGCUUCAUUUCAAGAUCGUUAUAGUUUACAAAUGCUUAUUUCACUUGGAUAUGUAUUUCGAGAUAAAUGGGCACAAUUAACUGAUCAAGAAUUAAAUUGGAAUAAAUGGGAUAUUAAUGAACGUGAUACUUUAUGUUGUUUUGCUCUUGAACAAUUGCGUAAAGAUCAUGGAUAUGAUUUAAUACGAACUGAAAAUGAUUAUAAUGAAACAAGAAAAAAAUCAAAAAAAUCUAAUAAUGAUCUGGAGGAAAAGGCUAUGUUAGUUGACGAUAGACAACGACUUAAAGUUGCUUUUUGUACAUUAACACCAUUAAAAAUUAUUUUUCAACCAUUUGAAGUUACAACGGGAAGUCGAGCUUUAAGAAAUCCUGUAUUUGGUGGUGUUGAACGAUUUCUUCUUGUACACUUGCGUGAUGAAGAUAAUCGACUAUUACGUGUUUCUAAUAAAAGUAUCGAAAGAAGAGUAAGAAAUUCAAUGCAAAAUGGUAUUGAAUUAUUUAAUAAAAAAUAUAUAUAUAUGGGUGCAAGUACAGGUCAAAUGAAAGAAAUGGCUUACUGGUUCAUGGAUUUACCUCCUAGUAUAAAGAAUAUUACAGAAGCACACAAAAAGCUAGGAAGUGUUGAAGAAAUUAAAAAUAUUGCUACUUAUAUUGCUCGUGUUGGCCAAUAUUUUUCCUCUACAUGGCCUAUUAAUAUUAGAUUGACGGAAGUAAAGCACAAAAAUGCUAUCCGUCCAAAUGGUGAAUCAAAUUAUGUUUUAAGAAUUGAUGAUAUUGAAAGAAAUAAAUAUUGUUUUACUGAUGGCGUCGGUAAAAUAUCAUGGGGUUUAGCUGGACGUGUAGCUCAGAAAAUGAAUAUUCCAAUUUUUUGCCAGGAAGAUAUCCCAUCAGCAUUUCAAAUACGUGUAGCUGGUUGUAAAGGUAUGGUAGCUAUUGAUCCAGAGUCAACAUUAAAUGACUAUUAUAUUCAUGUACGUUCAUCAAUGAUUAAAUUUGAAAGUGAUGAUUGGAAUUUAGAAAUAUGCGAAUAUGCUCGACCAAUGCCAUUAACAUUAAAUAAUCAAGUAAUUCGACUUUUAAGUGAUUUAGGAAAUCCUGUCAGUGCAUUUAUUAAUCUUCAAAACCGAGGUUUUACUCAAUGGGAAGUUCCUGAAGAACAACAACCAAGUUCUAUUGAUAUUGGAGUACAGAAAAAUAUAUCUUAUUCAUUAUCAAAAGAUAAUUUACUCACAAAUCGUAUACCUAUCCCACCAACAGAUGGUCGAAAUUUAUUUGGUAUAGCGGAUGAAACUGGUGAAUUAGAAUAUGGUCAAUGUUUCAUUCAGUAUUCAACAUUAAAUUCAACUACGAAAGGUCAACAAAAAUUUCACGUUAUUACUGGUACAGUAAUUGUUACAAAAAACCCAUGUUUAUGGCCCGGUGAUUUCCGUCGAUUAACUGCUGUUCGUAAUGAUAAACUAGAAGAAUGUAUGCGUGAUGUUAUUGUUUUUCCAACUAAAGGAGAACGUCCACAUUCAAAUGAAAUAUCUGGUUCAGAUUUAGAUGGUGAUCAAUAUUGGGUUUAUUGGGGUGAUAGUUUAAAUAUUGAGAAAACUACAAAUCCAUUAUCAUAUAGUGGAGCAAAAAAGUUAGAAGUACCAUCAAUUACGCCAGAAAUAAUCAUUGAACAUAUUAUUAAAUCCUUUGGAGCUAGUAUAAUUUUAGGCAUGAUUGCAAAUACACAUACAGUUGCAGCUGAUAAACAUCCAGAACAUUCAUUUUCAGGCGAUUGUAAAAAAUUAGCGGAAUUAUUUUCAUUUGCUGUUGAUUCACCAAAAACAGGACAAUUUAUUGAUAUGCAACAGAUCAGACCUUUUCAAAAGAAAUAUUGUCAAGAUUGGCCAGAAUAUAUGAGAAAAUAUGCUGAACGAACAUAUAUAUCAACAAGUGCAUUACAAGUACUUUUUACGAAAGCUAAAGAUAACUAUUUUAAAUGGAGAGAAAACCCUAUAAUCAAUAGAUUUCCGCAAAGAAUGAAAGCCAUUAAAGGUGCAUCAGCUAAUGAUAUUAAAGAUGAAGGAUUUAAAAAAUGGAUUGAUGGCGGUAUUUAUCAAGAAGAUGCAAAUCGAAAGAAACCUCCUAGAAGAAAAAAACCUAACAAACUUAAUAAAGACGAUUCAUCAAGUGAUGAAACAUCAACUCCACCACCGAUUCUGACAAACUCUACCAAAUCUUCUAUAAAAUCAGAUGAAAAUUCACAACCAGAAAUUAAAAAGCGUACUAGAAAACCACCACAAGAUAAAUUGAAUCGACCAGAAACACCUGUAACAGUAACGCCUGCAACCAAUCUAAAACUAAAGAAAUCUUCAGAGACAGAAAAUGCUUCUUCUUUAAUAAAUUCCAGUGUUUCUCCACCAUCUGCUUCUUCAUCAAUAACUUCAUUGUCAUCUUUAGCAACACCUAACAUUGGUGAAUGUCGUCCAGAUUUUCUUAUGGCUGUUGAUAUGAAUAUUACAGAUGCUAGUGUUGUUGAGUUUUCUUCAAUCGGUAAAAACUUUUAUGUAGUUAAUACAAAGAAAGAAAUUAACGAAAAUCCCGAUAGAGAAAGUAUAAAAAACAAAUUAAAAUUAUAUAUGGGAAAACAGGAUGUUUUUAAGAAAAAACCAUCGACUUAUAAGGAAAUAAUACAUGGACCACUUUAUUUAACAGUUUUCUACGGUCAUAUAUAUUUUAUUGAACAAAAUGUAUUUCCUAACAAAGUUGGUGACUUAAAAAAUUUUAUUCAAGAAAAUAGCAAUCAAUUCAUUCGUUUUAAUUACGCCAACAUUGAUGAAUUAAAUAUCCGAGAUACAACAUCAUACUCAACGACAAAGAAAAAUAGAAUAGACUAUGAAUUUGAUUGCCGUGUAGCAUCAUCUUCAUCCGAGUAUUUUACAUUAUUACAUGAUAAAAAUAAAACUCUUCGACAAAUACGUGUAUCUCACGUAUGGACAAAAUGUUUUGUGCGCCAACCAAAUUUUAAUGUAGAUAGUUUAUAUGAAAUUCGCUCUGUAAUGACACAUGACUUAGACUCACCAGAAUUUUCAAGAAUUAGGAAUUUAGUUUUUAACUCUCAAUCAACUGCAUUAUUAAGUGGUCAUAAACAAAAUAUUAAAAUUGAUCGUAGUAUUUUUCAUUCGUCAAUCGCACCAAUUGGUCUUAAAAUUAUCGAAGAAGAUCAACAAACUCAUAUAGAUCAACCGACAAUUGAAAGUUUUUAUCGAAAAGUACGAUAUGUAUCAAUAGAUGAACAACAAGAGAAACCAAAAGUAGCGUUAACUAUGGAAUAUCAUGUUUCACCGAUUAAUAAGAAUGAAAACGUUUUGGAAAAUGUCUGUGAUUUUGCUUUUGCUCCAACCGAAAAAGUUUCAUCAAUGCGAACAGACUCAGCGUCAUCAACCACAUGGAGUAUCUCAAGUUCAUUACUUGGAUUUUCACCAUAUUAUCAUUAG